ACGCAGUUUUACGCAGUUAGUUUAGCAGCCAUAGCCGGCGCCACACUGUCAAAAUUACUGAUGGCGGAUGAAAUAGACAUAAUGAUUAAUUAUAACGGGGGAUACGAAAAAAUAGACCGGAAAAACAGCCGUUAUCCGUAUUGUAUCGUUUGGACACCUAUUCCAAUAUUGUCGUGGUUGCUCCCCUUCAUUGGUCACAUGGGGAUCUGUACUUCUGCAGGCGUGAUAAGAGACUUCGCUGGAUCAUACUUUGUGUCUGAAGAUAAUAUGGCCUUUGGAAGACCAACAAAGUACUGGAAGCUUGAUGUUGAUAAGGUGUGUGGCACUGGCUCAGCUGCCUGGGACAAGGCUGUGCACGAUGCAUCGGAGGAGUACAAAUGCAGGACGCACAACCUCUGCUGUGAUAACUGUCACUCCCACGUGGCCCUGGCCCUCAACCUCAUGCGUUAUGACAACAGAACAUCCUGGAACAUGGUCAACCUAUGCCUGCAGUCCCUUAUCCAUGGCAAGCAUGUCAGCUGUGUGGCCUUCCUCAAGACCUGGCUGCCCUUCCUCAUGCUGACUGGAGCCCUCGUCACCUUCAUCCUAACGCUCAACCUGCACUGACCACACAAGGAACUCUACCUACAUGGACACGGAGAGGGAGAUGGAGGAGUGGAGAGAUAAUACAAGGGAUUUUCCUGCUCAGCUGUAAUCACAAAAGGGAAAGAAGAAGAAGAAACAUUUCGAUGGGACACUUCUUUGUGCAGUACUAAUAUUCACACUCUCCGACAUCCAUCAGAAAGGUGUCAUGAGGGCAGUUAUGUCCAGCUGUUCUGGCUUGUUUUGAAGUACCUUUUACUCGAUUCAGAAAGGAAUGUUGUAUAAAUGAAUGUUUGGCUUGGAAUAGUCAUAACCAUAGAUAUAGAACUGAUAUAGCAUCUGCUAAAUGAAGAGAAUUUAAAUGUAAAUGUAUUGUCUAUGGUCAUAAAUUCAUAUUGGUCUCUUUCACUGACCCCUAAACUCCA